UAAAAAACAAAAACACAAGAUUCAGGGCAAAAAAUUAUGCAGAUGAAAUUGUUGUUGGGGAUGGUGGUGAUGAUUGUCAUAUUGCCAUCUUCUACCGUUACAGUACGUUCAAAUAUUUCUUUAGAAAACUGCCCGCAAACAUGUGGAGACGUUAGCGUUCCUUUCCCUUUUGGAUUUGGUCGUCCUGAAUGCGCCAAAAACUCAUCCUUCCUGCUUGAAUGCAACCAGAGCAGCAGCCUCUUGUACGGCAACAUUCCAAUUAACAACAUAUCAUUGGAAGACGGCACCAUCACCGGAAUCAUUUACGCUGUUUCCUACAAUUGCCACAGGCAAAAAGGUAGAUCACGAUCGGUUAGAAAUUUCAAGCAGCAGCAUAUCAGACUCGACAGAUGGAUCAUAUCCCCCACCUACAACAAGGUUAUUGGCUUGGGCUGCAACAAUAUGGCCAUAGUGGCCGACAGAGACGGAGCUCUCGGAAGUGCGUGCGUCUCCUUCUGCAAUGACAGUGCCGACAUCAGGAUCGAUGGUUCUUGCUCCGGUCUUGGAUGCUGCCGGACCUCCAUCCCCAAGCACGUCGACCAAGUGAACAUUUCGGCUUUCACUAUUAGUUUGAAUAACAGAAGCGUUCCGGACGUUAGCCCCUGCAAUUAUGCUUUUGUGGUUGCAAAUUCCUUCAAUAUAUCGAAAAUAAACCCCCUUGGUCAGUGGGAAACUGUUCCAUUGCAGCUGCCUGUGGUGUUUGAAUGGGUGAUCGGAGAUCACCAGGGCUGCCAAGAUUAUUGCGGCCUUAAUGCUGAAUGCUCUCACUCCGACGCUGGUGGUGGAUUUCGUUGUUUGUGCAAGCCAGGGUUCAUCGGAAAUCCCUACCUCCCACUAGGAUGUCAAGAUAUUGAUGAGUGCAAAGAACUAAACAAGUAUCCUUGCCUCGGAACUUGCCGGAAUACCAUCGGGUCCUACACUUGCGAAAACAAAACAAACAAAACAACCUGGCCUAUCAUUUUGGGUAUCAGUCUGGGGUUUACAGUAGUUUGUUUAGUUAUUGGUGCAUGGUGGUUGUCCAAAAUGUUAAAGAAAAGAAGGAAAAUGAAGCUCCGAAGCCAGUUCUUCAAACAAAAUGGAGGGUUAUUAUUGCAGCAACAAUUGUCUUCAACUAAGGGUAAUGUUGAAAAUACCAAAAUAUUUAGUACCAAGGAGUUGGAAAGGGCGACUGAUAACUUCAAUAUGAAUAGAAUACUUGGUCAGGGAGGUUCGGGCACUGUUUAUAAAGGAAUGUUGGUUGAUGGAAGAAUUAUCGCAGUUAAGAAGUCCAAAGUACUAGAUAAAGAGAAAGUUAAAGAUUUCAUCAAUGAGGUGGUCAUUCUUACACAAAUUAAUCAUAGAAACAUUGUUAAGUUAUUAGGGUGUUGUUUGGAGACUGAAGUUCCCUUGCUAGUUUAUGAAUUCAUCUCCAAUGGGACACUUUUCCAAUACAUACACGAUGAAAAUGAGGACUUCCCAUUAUCUUGGGAAAGACGAUUAACAAUUGCAUCAGAAGUUGCAUUUGCCCUUUCCUACUUGCAUUCAGAAGCCACCAUUCCCAUUUAUCAUCGAGAUGUCAAGUCUUCAAAUAUUUUAUUGGAUGAAAAGUAUAAGGCAAAAGUCUCAGACUUAAUUUGGGGCAUCAAGAUCAAUUGCUAUUGAUCAAACUCAUUUGACCACAAAUGUUCAGGGCACAUUUGGGUACGUAGAUCCUGAAUAUUACCAGUCAUAUCAAUUUACAAAAAAAAGUGACGUUUACAGCUUUGGAGUUGUCCUUGUGGAGCUCUUAACGGGAGAAAAACCAAUUUUUUCAGAAAGGGCAGAAGGUGGAAGAAGUUUGGCCUCUCAUUUCAUUCUUUCUAUGAAAGAGAAUAACCUUUUUAAUAUUCUUGAUGCUCGAGUUAAGAAUAGUUCUGCACAUGAAGAAAUUAUAAAGGUUGCUGAACUUGCAUAUAGAUGCUUAAGUUUGAGUGGUAAAGAGCGGCCAAGGAUGAUAGAAAUUGCUAUGGGGUUGGAGCAUAUUCGAUUUUUGCAAAACAAUUCGCAUGAUCAAAAAUAUCAUGAAGAGAUUAGAAAUGUGGAAACUGAAGUAACUAAUCAUUGGAAUGUUGCCUCGACAGCUGCUUCGUCAAUAGACAUGGAACCACCAUUUUCAACAGAAUCAUGGGCAUUGUUAAAAAAGCAAGUGGGCUAAAAUAUCAAAUGAUAUAGGUAAAGAUAGACUAUGUUUUGUCUGGGUGUAGUUUCCUGAUUGUUUGUUAUAAUAUUAUUAUGAUUAGUAAAGAAAUAGAAACCAA